CUGUCCUCUAUCCUCCAGGACUCCAAUUCCAAUAUCACAUAUCAUUCCCUCAAAUAACCCACAGAAAAAACUGACCUAUCUCAUAAUUAGCCAAUCCCAAUUGCAAUCCAACCAAACCAACCAAAGCAAAUGUCAAACCCCUCCGCACCACCCCCCCAAAAGCGCCGAACAGUAACCCUCCUCCACCCAGACCUAGGCAUCGGCGGCGCUGAGCGCCUUGUCCUAGACGUCGCCCUAUCUCUCCAGGCGCGCGGGCACAGGGUGAAAAUCUACACGUCGCACCGGGACCCGAACCACUGCUUCGAAGAGGCUCGCGAUGGCACGCUGGACGUGGCUGUGCGUGGGAACACGAUGUUUCCGGACCAGAUUGCGGGGCGGUUUCGGGUGUUGUUUGCUGUGUUGAGGCAGAUGCAUUUGGUGGCGGGAUUGUUGGCGGCGUCUAAGGGGGAGGAGGGGGGAAAGGGUGGAGGGGAUGGGGAAACUGAGGAAGGGGAGGAGGAGGUAUAUAUCGUUGACCAGGUGCCGGCGUGUGUACCUAUUCUAAAAACAUUUGGGCCGUUCUUGUCGUCGUUGUCGUCGUCGUCGCGGAAUAAUGCAAAGUCCAAAACGAGACGUAAACAGCGCAUCCUCUUCUACUGCCAUUUCCCAGAUCAAUUGCUCGCGAAGCGCGACGAGGGUGGGGCUAUACGGCGGCUGGUUAAAGCGUGCUACCGAUACCCCUUCGAUUGGUUCGAAGGGUGGGCGAUCGGCGCAGCGGAUAAGGUUGUUGCUAAUUCGAAAUUUACGUGCGGCGUUGUCAGGCAAGUUUUCGGGGAUGGGCUUGGGGAUGUGAGGGUUGUUUAUCCGUGUGUUGAUACUGGGGCUAAGAAUGUAGGGAAACUGGUUGAGGGGGGAAAGCUUUGGGGUGGGAAAAAGAUUCUACUGAGUAUUAAUCGGUUUGAGAGGAAGAAGGAUGUUGGGCUUGCGAUUCGGGCAUAUCAUGGGCUUGGGGAGGAGGGGAGGCAGGGGACGCGGUUGAUCAUUGCUGGUGGAUACGAUAACCGCGUGCACGAAAACGUCCAAUAUCAUACAGAUCUCGACGAUCUGGCUACAGGUCUAGGCCUACGAACCGCCACGUCGAAAACAGUUAUAUCUGCACUUUCUAUACCCGAUUCAAUAGAGGUCCUCUUCCUGCUCUCAGUGCCGUCCGCAUUUAAGCAAACCCUUCUUUCAGCAGCCACUCUUCUCGUCUACACCCCAUCAUAUGAGCAUUUCGGCAUAGUGCCGGUCGAGGCGAUGCACGCAGGCCUCCCAGUUCUAGCCGUAAACAACGGGGGCCCAUUAGAAACAAUCGUGGAGGGGAAAACCGGCUGGCUGAGAGCUGCGAACGCCAUUGAAGAGUGGACAGCGGUCAUGCACAAAGCAUUGUGGGAAAUGAAUGCGCAAGAAGCUGCGGUGAUGCGAGCAAAUGCCAAAGAAAGAGUGGAAAAGGAGUUCUCACUGCAGGCCAUGGGAGACCGACUGGAAGCAGAAAUUCAAGAUAUGUUUGAUAACGAGCCUCGUCCGUUCCAUGGAUUGUGGCACGCAUUAUUAUUCGGGGCUGCGAUGCUUGGGUUGACGAUUGCGGUGCUCAUAGCAGCGUUCAUAAGGCUGCGAAUGAAACGAGGGUGAACUUGCGCUGAAAACGCCAACUCUCCAUCUAGCUGACCAAGGGCAAGUGGGGUCGUGGAAGUUAUUUAUACGCUCCGUAACGCCCUCAACCUCCAGUCAAAAGGCGACGUCUAUUAUAAGAGGCGCAUUCUACGGCAUCUACAUAGGCACCUUCAACGCUGCAUUGUACGAUCGCGUUGUUGUGAGGUUUCCAACUUCGUACGUUCCGAAGUCUAUUACAGUCGCAUCUUGUGCGAUUUUUCCUGGCGUUUCCACGCAUGCUUUAACGUGCGCGUUUAACGUGCGCGUGUCUAUAUUGCAGAUAACGAGCAACAAACAGUGGAAGUGGUGUUGAUGUAAGCCUUAUGUGUCUAAGAUAGAUGGCAGAAGGAUCAUCUUGGACCCUGCUCCCUUUAUCUGUUAUUUGCUGGCAUGUAUAAUAACGGAGCAUGCCAGGUGCUCCUAGCCAAUGUAUCGGAUCCAGCAGAGGUUUCUAGGUUGGUUGUUCGAAAACCCCUGGCGGCCCCGACGAGCGGUACUAUACCAAUUUCCUAGUUCAGAACCGCUUCACGAGAAUGUAUUUCCAUCUAGCGCCAACGCUCUAGGGCUUUGCUUUUCAACGGUGUAUCUUAUUUAUUGUGAAUGGUGAAGUUGAAUGUGAAUGAGUAAUGAUUGGCUGAAGUUGCGCUACAAGGGAACCGCACCAAUCCCAUCCUGCGGCGUCAGGAAUUUUAUAGUUAUGGCUGACACCUCACAGUAGUAUAACACGUCUCGGCUUGUAAUUAUUUUGAGGCAUAGAAUGUAAAAGCAGAGUAUAUCAAUCCUACCUCCAUGUGAAUCAGAGUGUGUUUCCUUUUUGGGAAAAAUAGUCACAUGACGACGCGUUCUUAA